GCUGCACCUGAAUCGCUUAGUCAUUCACAAGCAAAGAGGGGGCGAAGUUCACUUCUUUGUGAACAACUGUGAGAAAACAGACGAACAGUUUAAGGAUGGUGUUACUCAACAUACAAUGAGAGAAAGGAUGGUUUUCAUCAGAGAGGAAAUUUACACUGACUUGGAUCAUGAAGAGGAGGACAAGACAAAGGCAUGCCAAGUGAGGAACCUCAACACAACUGGAAGUUGACAGACCCAAAUUGUCAACUGAGGGAGCGUUUCACUUGAUUCUGGUGAACGGGUUAUUUGCCUUUACCGAAAGCUGAGUACCGCUCCAUGCUGAAGGAUAGAGUCCCGAUUUGCCUGAUGUCAUCAGUCGUAGCCCCAGAAAAAAACCCUUCCAAUGCUACGGGUCCCAAAGAGGUGGAGCUGAUCCUUGUGAAGGAGCAGAAUGGGGUCCAGUUCACCUCCACCACCCUCGUGGCUCCGACCACGACUCAGACCCACCCCAGCGGUGAGGAGGAAAGGGAAACCUGGGGAAAGAAAAUUGACUUCCUGCUAUCGGUGAUCGGAUUUGCAGUGGAUCUCGCCAAUGUCUGGAGGUUCCCUUACCUCUGCUACAAAAAUGGAGGAGGUGCUUUCUUGGUGCCAUACCUGUUCUUUAUGGUGAUAGCAGGCAUGCCUCUCUUUUACAUGGAGCUGGCUCUGGGACAGUACAACAGGGAGGGAGCCGCUGGGGUCUGGAAAAUAUGUCCCAUAUUUAAAGGUGUAGGAUUUACGGUGAUCCUCAUUUCCCUCUAUGUUGGCUUCUACUAUAAUGUCAUCAUCUCUUGGGCUCUCUUCUACCUCUUCUCCUCGUUCACUGCCGAGCUCCCCUGGGUGCACUGCAACAACACUUGGAACAGCCCAAAUUGCUCCGAUUGGGCUGAUGACAGCACAAUCAGUGACAUUUACAAGGCCACUCCAGCUCAAGAGUACUUUGAGCGAGGAGUGCUCCACAUUCAAGACAGUAGUGGAAUUGAUAACCUGGGUCGUCCACGUUGGCAGUUGACUUCCUGUCUCGGUGUGGUCAUUAUUCUGCUUUACUUCAGUCUGUGGAAGGGUGUCAAGACGUCUGGCAAGGUUGUGUGGAUCACAGCCACCAUGCCCUAUGUGGUCUUGACUGUGCUGCUCAUCCGAGGAGUCACCCUGCCUGGAGCCAAGGAUGGCAUUAAGGCCUACCUUUCUGUCGACUUCCUGAAACUCUGUGAUGCCAAGGUUUGGAUCGAUGCCGCCACGCAGAUCUGUUUCUCGCUGGGAGUUGGGUUUGGUGUGCUAAUCGCCUUUUCCAGCUACAACAAAUUCAGCAACAACUGCUACAGGGACGCCAUCAUCACCAGCUCCAUCAACUCUUUGACCAGCUUCUUCUCUGGCUUUGUUGUCUUCUCCUUCCUUGGCUACAUGUCAUACAAGCACAACGUGGCUCUGGAAAAGGUCGCGAGAGAUGGGGUUGGAUUGGUAUUUGUUAUUUACCCAGAAGCCAUUGCCACAUUGCCUGGGUCAUCAGUGUGGGCAGUAAUCUUCUUCAUCAUGCUCCUGACACUAGGCAUUGACAGUGCCAUGGGUGGGAUGGAGUCUGUCAUUACCGGUCUGAUUGAUGAAUUCAAAUGCCUCCACAAACACAGAGAGCUGUUCACCCUCUUCAUUGUGGCCGCCACCUUCCUCAUCUCCCUCUUCUGUGUUACAAAUGGUGGAAUAUACGUCUUUACUCUGUUGGACCACUUUGCCGCAGGGACGUCUAUUCUGUUUGGAGUGCUUAUUGAAGCUAUCGGUAUUGCGUGGUUUUACGGAGUGGACCGUUUCAGUGAUGAUAUUGAGGAGAUGAUUGGUCAGAGGCCAGGCAGAUACUGGAGGUUGUGCUGGAAAUUUGUCAGCCCCUGCUUUCUCCUGUUUAUGGUGGUAGUGAGCUUUGCAACCUUCAACCCCCCAAACUAUGGCACCUAUAUGUUUCCUCCCUGGGCUAACGGGCUGGGAUGGUGCCUAGCCAUUUCAUCGAUGACCAUGGUACCCCUUUACGCCAUCUAUAAACUUUGUAGCCUACCUGGAAAGUUUUGUGAUAGACUGGCUUAUGCCAUCACCCCAGAGACAGAACAUCAUUUGAUAGAUAAUGGGGAAGUUCGUCAAUUCACACUUCAGCACUGGCUGGUUGUCUGAAUGUCAAAAUGAAAAUGGAUAUGAAGGAAUGUUGGACGAAUGCAUGCACAGCAUAGUUCUGAAAUGUGAUGAAGAAGUGAGAGGAGGUAAGGCUCGAAAGCAGGAGAAAUUUAGGAGUGCCAGUAAAAAAAAAAAUCAUGUAAGAAAUUGUAAGUGUGAUUUUCAUUCCAACUGUGCAUGUGUGAAGCUGUGUGUAAACCCAUUUUGGUUUGACAUCAGUGAACUGGAAACUGGUACUGUGGUGUAGAACCUGCAUCUUCUCGAAAUAUGGUAGUCCUCAAAACUAUGCUUUUUAACUUCAGCAUGUUGGUCAUCUUAACUUUUCAUGCAAUAGGUUAACUUCGUCCAUCUUACAUAAUGACUACAAUGUGAGGUAGAAAUAAACAGUGCCAUGCUCACAGUGGGAUACGAAACACUAUUUUAAAUAUUUGCAGUAGCAUGCACCAUAAAGUAUCCCAUUUUCUGAACAAGGAUGCGAUACAGUGCACGAAAAUAACUUAAAACUGUUGGCAUUUGAAUUGUUGAUGAGGUUGAUUUUAUUUGAUAAAGUAAGAAUGAUGAAAUAGUAAAUAUCAUAUAUUCACAAUUUAGGGUAACAUAUCAAAUGUGGAUUAAAACGUUCAGAAAUGCCUACAUCAUAUUUAUCAAUUUAAAGUACUGUCUCCUUUUAAUGACUGUUAAAGCGCAUGCAACUCCUGUUACUUUCAAAUAUUUUACAGAAAUGUUUACAUUAAACGGCCUCAAGGGAGAUAAACUAAAAUUAUUCACGUAAAACAAUGCUAACAAUACUUUCAAAAAAGCAACACUCAGCUAAACUCAAGAACAUGUCUUUGGUAUUAAAAAAACUAGCUGUAUAAUAUGAUGAAAAAUUGAUCGGGCACUAAUGAAUAACAAAGUACUGUUUUUACUCAAAGAUUAUAGAUGAAUGACAAGAUGAAAUAUAAUUUGCAAUAUAAGCAGGAGAAAAUUACAAUCAUGUGAGGGGGGAAAAAACCCUAUUGUUUUACAAAAAAAAAAAAAAAUCUGUCGUUACGAGACAAAUAAGUUGAGCACUGCUGCGUAGCUUGUCAAAUCCCAGUUUUGUAUGUUUGUAGCAUCAACGCCAUCAAUAAGUAGAUUGUUUAGUACCCUGAGUAAGAAUGAACUAAGAGUGGCUCAUUUGUGGGUUAGUCGCAUGAAGAUUCAUAACUCGACUGUAAUGUCAACAUUAAAAAAAAUAUCCAUGAUUCUAACAUGGAAUGUUGUAUACAGAUUUUCACUGAGUCAAUAUAACCCUCGCAUCCGCCAGACUGUUGAUUUAAACAACCAAAGACUCUGAAAAACUCCAGAUUUAACCCCACCCAACUGAGAUACAAUAUUCUCUUGGUUAAUUAACGCUUAUACUGUCAAAUUACAGAUGGAAUAUAUAUGUUUCAAUCAAAACAAGCAUGAAGCUUUAAUUUCACUCAUCGAAUAGCAAUCUCAAGACUGUUUCAAGGCUGCUCUUUGUUAAUCUGCAAAUGGAUGGUGUGAUGUGUAAAUUAUGAGGUUCAUUAUUCAUGAAAGAUAGUAGAUAGCCUAUCAUGUUCAUGUGUUGUUGAGAGAUUUUAUUGUAUUGUGUUUUAUGAUAGUUAUGAUAGAUGUCAAGUGAAUUUAUGGUAUAUGGCCUACAGUAUAAGCGAUGUUGAGUCUGUAAGUAUGUAUGUAUGUAUGUAAGUAUAAAGUAUUUACUUUGUUACCGUGAAGUUGAUACAUAUUAGCCUUAAGGAUCUCAAUGACAAUUACAUGGAUAAUCCAAAUAUGCUUUUGUCUGACCUAAAGCAUGAAUUCAUGCUUAAAGUAUUUCAACAAUGACUUGUGGUUUAACAUUGUGCUGCAUUCAGUCGACACAUUAAAGGGUUCAAAAGUC